AUGACCGAAGAACAAGAUUAUAUCACAGAUUAUGUCACAGAUUCUGAAGAUUUAGUUAUGACAGAUUAUGCCACAGAUUCUGAAUAUGAAGAAAAAUUACCAGGAUUUGAUCAAAUGGAAAAUGUUAAUGAGCUUCAUAGAAGUUAUGCUACAUUGCCAUAUGAAAUAUAG